CAUCCAUUCGCUGAGCGGCUUUCGCUGUUGAAUGAGCUGUUUUGCUGCUUUCGUGGAACGACGGCCGCCGGUUCGUCGCGUAUCUUUGAGAUACAAUACCUAAAUCGAAUCGAAUUUUGAAUUGCAGCUGUCGUUGUUGCGCGCGUGUUGUUGGUGGAAAUUGUGGAAUUAUAAGCAUUAUAACUCGUGUGGAAGUGUGAAAGUGAAAUAGUUGCACGGAGAGCGACGGAAUUGGAUGAAAAUAUAGUUUACUCACGCUCUGUAUCGCCGCAUCUUUGUAUCUAUUUUGCGGCCCGCUUCAACAAGUAAACCAACAUAAAUUAAAAAUCAGUGGAGUGGAAGGCGCGUCCUUGAGCUACCCAAUUUAAACACCUGUUUUAGAACGAGAUACAGAUAUUCUAUAGCGAUUUGAGCCACCGAAAGAGAUAGCCAGAGUCUGUUAGAAAGAGAAGGGCGGCGAGAGGAGGAGAGAGAUGAAUAAUUUCACAACCACAACAGCAGCCGCACCACCAAAGGAAGCGCUGCCCCGAUCAGGACAUGUUAAUGAGGUGUGCAAGGAGUGGCUCGUGCGAGAGGAUGGCGCUCUGGCCUAUAAGCUUCAGUCCCAAGAGAUUAAUGACUUCUACAAGGGAAAUCGGUACAGAAACGCAGUUGUUCGCGAGGACUUUCCAACUGCCCUGCACGAACAAAUCAAGGAGAAGGAGCAGGCACAGCGAAGAGUGGAUGCCUACAGAAGACGUCUGACAGAACAGGAGGAGCAUGACAAGCGAGUGGCCAAAGAAAUAGCUGACAAACUGGAGCGUGAUCUGCAGGAGCAGCAGCAAAAGGAGCUGAUGCAAAGCGAGUUAAUUGCCAAGCAAAUGCAGGAAAUCUAUGUUAAUUUGCCGCCCGUACCGCCGCCAGUCACACGGGACAAGAGUCGUCCGCCGCCCCGUCCCGCCAAAGCAAGUAUACACCUGCAACAGCAGCAGCAGACACAACAGACACAGUCGACACAGCAGCAACAUCAGCCAGAGCCGAGCACCUCACAGCAGGCUAGAUAUCACAGUCAGCUGCAGCAGCCGCAGCAGCAACCGUUGCAGCUGCAGCAGCAACACUUCUCACAAACAGACAACUAUGUAGGAUUAUCGCUUAUACCAAAUAUUGUUGACUUGCCGGGGGCAGCAGCAGCAUGCACCACUCCCAGUAGAAAUGCACAGGCACAAAACCAGCUGUUGGUGAGUGAUGUGUUAUCAUCGCCACAGCAGCAGCAGCAACAUCACUCACGUUUUCACCACGCACAGCAGCCGCCGCAGCAGCAACAUCAAUCAUCAUCGCCGGCACGUCGGGCACGGGCACCAACAAAUGCCACCACAUCUGCAACAACUAACAUGCCCAGCACUUCAUCCAUAACUCAGCACCCACCCACACACACCGCACACCCGGCUGACAUCGAUGAGCUGGUGGACUAUGCCGAUGUUGCUGACAGCAUUCGCGACUACAACAUCGCUGCCACGAGCGCGGCAGCAACAUCGGCCAGCGUUGUCGAUGCAGCUGCAACAUCACUCCAGAAACAACGCUCCCCGUCACACGAAAAUCUCCUAAGAACCGAACCGAAAUUUCAGAAAUUGUCACCCGAGAAAUACGAUCAACUUGUGGGCAAUUUCGGUUUGGGAUCUGGAUCUGUAUCGGGAUUGGGAUCGGGAUCGGGAUCGGGAUCGGCCAAGGCAGCUGAGAGACACAUGCAACAACACGCCGAUGACAUUGAGCUCUAUGUGGAUCCGUGCGACUAUGCGAGUCUGCGGGAGAUAGGACUGCCGCUGGAGGAGAUCCAGGAGAUGAGCAAGAAGCUGAAGCAGGAGCAGAAAGAUGAGUUGAUGGCUCGCCGUCUGCAGGCAAUUGAGUCGAAGGACUGUGUGCGUCAGGAGCACAGGGAUCGCCUGCUGGCCAUUGAGGCACAGGACAAGGAACUGGCCAAAAUGCUGCAGGAUAGGAUGAAUUCCAAAAAAUUGUUUUCCUUAAGGUACAACUACUUAGGAUUCAAAAAGGAAAAGGCCAAAGCCAAGAGGGCCAAGGAGAAAGCUCGUCUGCGAAAAACUCAGCAGAAGGAAGCCGCAGAGGCUGCCAAUGGAAACGGUAGUCUGCUUUGUGGCACCAAUUCCCACUGCGGUCCACUGCUACCACUGCCCCCGGAUUGCCUUUCCAGCAAUGCCAAUCAGUCGCAGGCCGACAUCGAUGUGGAGGCCUACUCCAAUCCCAUAGACGUGCUCAACAGUAGUCGUGAACAGCGGCCCCACAACGGACCUUUGACCAAUGGCAGCCUGACCAGAGAUGGGGGCUCAAGCUCCAAUCACAGUUCCAUGCAGAGGCAACAAAGGAACAUGGUGCCCAUAAGGGGCGAAGAUGAUAUCUACACACUGCCCGUGGACAGUUGUAGGCCAGGUCCAAGGCCUCUUUCAUUGCACGUGACGGAGGCAAUGCCACCAGUUCAAAACCACAACUCCAUGACUAGGUCCGAACAUUAUGGAUCAGAAGCCGGAUCCCACGACAGCUCGCAUCAGAGUGGCCAAGACGUAUCGCCACACAUGAAGUACUCCAAGUCCGGCAAUUUCGGUAUAUAUAUCAAAGUGCCAGUCCCACGCCGCCUUACAUGCCAAUUCAAGGUACUCGAAGAUCAAAUUCAAGUGAAGAUCGUAAAAAAAGGUCCAAGGACAAGUGCACGCAUCAGUGAACCAUAAUCACCUAUUCAUUACAAUGCCUAUAUACAUAUAUAUAUAUAUACUUUUAUCGAUUUAUUCAAAUCUCUCUCACAUUGUAUCUCUAGAACUUAGAAGUAGCUUGUAGUUUAAAUACAUUUAAAUCAUGUAUAGUU